UCCACCACUUCAUCUCCCAAUCUUAGCAAAAUAAUAAGGACUUCUUUCCAGCUUCUCUAUCUUAAUUCUCAUUCAUGUAGCUUUCAUGUCGUUCAAUUGAUUGGGUACAGAGUUAGAUAACUGUCUCCUUCUAUAUCCAUCCUUCUCUUCUACUUUUUCUUUCUUCCUUUCCUUCCCAUCAACUCUGAUCUAAGGAGUAGUCGAUGGAGGAAGCGCGAUAUUGGAUGUGGGCCAAGAGGAAACAGUGUGUGAUGAGCUCCUAUGGUGAUUCCUGGGAAGAACAAGCCUUUGCAGAAGACUCAGCAGCUGGAUCUCUCGGAGGGUGUAUAUGGCCUCCCAGAUCUUAUUCUUGCAGCUUCUGUGGAAGAGAAUUCAGGUCUGCUCAAGCCCUAGGUGGUCACAUGAAUGUUCACAGAAGGGAUAGGGCUAGACUCAAGCAAUCUUCCUCAUCCCCACAGACUGAAAUUCUUCAUCAUCAGAUUAGUAUUCCUCCUAGCCCUAACACUAACACCAACACCAAUACUGCUGUUAUUGUUGCAUCAUCUCUAUCACCUGCUAGGGUUUCAGAACAAUCAAAAGCUGAGGGGAUUUAUAGUGAGCAGACCUUCUUACCUCCUUCAUUUUCUUCUUCUUCUACUCCUGUUAUUCAUCAUCAACAUCAACAACAGAGAAAAGGGUCCUUUUACUCUCUCCCUCCAUCCUGGUCCGAUUCCCUAGCUGUUAGGGUUUUCAGUACUGUCUCUGAUUCGGAGAAGAUUGAAGGAGACAAGAAUUCGAGGGAUGAUGGUGGUGAUAAGGAGGAGGAGGAGGCAGCUUUCAUUAGUAAGAGAAGAAAAAACAAUGAUAAAUCAUCUCUCCCUUUCUUCCUCAAUUCAAUUUCCAUUGGCAAACAUCAUCUCCAAUCGGAGGUGCUUGGAGUUUACGCGGCUCCCAUGGAGGAUUUAGAUCUUGAGCUGAGGCUUGGUGAUGGUCCCAAGGUUCUCAUUUUUUCUACGGUAAACUCCUAUCGGUCAGGUGCAAGCCCAAGAUUGCAGCUGAGAUUAUAA